AUGGCUUACUACCUCGACCAAACGGCCCUCACGCCCUCAGCCACCUCCGAAGACCAGUGGAUCAACAACUUGUUGCUGUCUCUGGCCCCCAUGUCCACUUCCAACUCAUACACUUUCAUGAAUGUCCCUGCUGUGGAGUCGAACUUCUCCUCAGCCGCGUUCCCCAACGUCUUGGAAGACGACAGCAUAUUUUCGGCCUCGUCAGGAGUUUCUACCGUCUCGAGCACUCCCCCAAUCAAGGAAGAAGAAGGCGAUUGGAAUACUAGUCCAGCCUCAGACGGACUGGACUUCAUGAAUUCCGUGACGCUGAAGCUCCAGAUGAUGCAGCAGAAAAACAACUUGACUCCAAGAGCGUUGGAGUCUAUUUUCGACACCAAAGAUGUACUCAAAGAUAGUAUUGACACCACAGACGAGAAGAAACCAAUUGUGACUCCAAGCAACAGCACCUACAGCAGCAGCAGCAAUAGCAGCAGCAGCAGCAACAGUUAUAACAACAACAGCAACGGAGGCUGUUCGAGCCAAAGAAAAAAGCGGUGUCCAAGAAAGAGACUAACCGAGUCGCAGAAAGAAGCACACAACAAGGUAGAAAAGAAGUAUAGAGUGAACAUCAAUUCCAAGAUCAACAGCUUGCAGACGGUGAUUCCUUGGUUUGGCCGGGAGAACAGCAAGCUGCGGAUCGAGUUGAAGGUUAACAAGCUGGUGAUUUUGGAAAAGGCGUACGAUUACAUUGUGUAUCUCCAGAAGGAGAACGAAGCCAUGAGAAAGAGCCUCGAAAGCAGGCAGUAA